GGACCCCUGGGAGCCCAGACCACUGCCUGAGCUGCCGGCUGUUGAAUCUGGCCCCACAAUGCCACUCUCGGGAACACCAGCUCCCAACAAGAAGAGGAAACCCAGCAAGCUGAUCAUGGAACUCACUGGAGGUGGACAGGAGAGCUCGGGCCUGAACUUGGGCAAGAAGAUCAGUGUCCCAAGGGAUGUGAUGCUGGAGGAGCUGUCCCUGCUCACGAACCGGGGCUCCAAGAUGUUUAAACUGAGGCAGAUGCGGGUGGAGAAAUUUAUUUAUGAAAACAAUCCUGAUGUCUUCUCGGACAGCUCGAUGGAUCACUUCCAGAAGUUCCUUCCUACAGUGGGGGGCCAGCUGGGCACAGCUGCUCAGGGACUGUCCUACGGCCAGGGCAGCAGUGGAGUCCAGGCAGGGGGACACGGCUCUGCUGGACAGUAUGGUUCCGACCAGCUGCACCACCAGGGCCCUGGGGCCGGAUCUGGGGGUCCAGGUGGUCCUGGGGGCCAGGCUGGAAGAGGAGGAGCUCCUGGCACAGCAGGGGGUGGUGAGAUGGGAGCAGGAGACCAGGCAGGUGGAGAAGGAAAACAUGUCACCAUCUUUAAGACCUAUAUUUCGCCCUGGGAGAGAGCCAUGGGAAUUGACUCCCAGCAAAAAGUGGAACUUGGGGUUGACCUGUUGGCCUAUGGGGCCAAAGCUGAACUUCCCCAGUAUAAGUCCUUCAACAGGACAGCGAUGCCUUAUGGUGGAUAUGAGAGGGCCUCCAAACGUAUGACCUUCCAGAUGCCUAAGUUUGAUUUGGGGCCCCUGCUGAAUGAACCCCUGAUCCUCUACAACCAGAACCUCUCCAACAGGCCUUCUUUCAACCGAACCCCCAUUCCCUGGCUGAGCUCUGGAGAACACGUAGACUACAAUGUGAAUCUUGGCAUCCCCUUGGAUGGAGAAACAGAAGAGCUGUGAGGUGGUUCCUCCUGUGCUUGGCCUCAAGCUCCCCUUUCUGGUUCCAGUUUGGAGAGAGAAUGCAGAAGGACUUCUUCCCUUGUAAUCCAGCACCUCUGUGGGAAUGGAGAGACAAAGGCUGGAGAGAUCUGUCUUUCCAGUCUUCACUCCAAAUCCCCCAUGCACUUCUCACCAACUCAGAGCUCCCUUCACACUUGCUCUGCAUGGAACCCACUCUUUUCUGGAAUUACUCUGCCACCUGUAACAG